UCAAACCUUUCUCUCUCUAAAGCCUGUUUCUCAUUUUCUAUCUCUAAAAAUACCAGAAGUGCGUUACUAUAGCUAUACCUUUUUCAUAUAUACGUAUAUAGGAAGAAGUUGUAAAUUGUAAGGCUAAAUGGAGGCAGGGAACUUCUUCGUAAAAGGAUACUACGGCGGCUCAACAGGCGGUGAUUUAUCGCUGGAGAAAAGGAUGUCCUCGGAGCAAAAGCUUACGGAGAAUUUUACCGUCGACGAUCUCCUCGACUUCUCCAAUGAAGACGCCGUUAUCAGCGACGGCUUCUUCGACAAUGUCGCUGGCAAUUCCACCGAUUCCUCCACUGUCACAUGCAAUUCCUCCGUUUCCGGAGGCGAUAACCACUUCUCCUCCUCCAAUUUACCUCACUCCUCUCAGUUUUCCGGCGAACUGUGCGUUCCGUGUGAUGACUUGGCGGAACUUGAAUGGCUCUCAAAUUUCGUUGAGGACUCGUUCUCAAUAGACCAGAAUUUACAAAGCAACGUCCAGAUUUUCGCCACGUCAAAAGCACGCACACCCAUGUCCUCCUCUUCAGGUAACCGACCCGAUUCCUUAAUUCGGAGCCCAACCAACCCAAUUUUCCAACACAGCAUUCCGCUUCCGGGCAAGGCCCGGUCAAAACGUUCACGGGCCGCCCCGUGCGAUUGGUCGACACGACUCCUCCACCAAACCCCGAAAUCCACAGGCCAGAAGAAAAGGGAGAACCCGAACGCCAAUUCGGAGUCGCAGGGCCGGAAAUGUUUACAUUGUGCGGCGGAGAAGACCCCGCAAUGGAGGACCGGGCCGAUGGGUCCAAAAACGCUUUGUAAUGCGUGUGGCGUAAGGUACAAGUCAGGUCGGUUGGUGCCCGAAUACCGACCCGCUGCAAGUCCGACAUUUAUGUCGACAAAGCAUUCGAAUUCGCAUAGGAAAGUUUUGGAGCUUAGGAGGCAAAAGGAGUUGCAAAGAGCACAGCAUCAACAGUUUAUUAACCAAACUUCAAUUUUCAGCAUAUCCAACGGUGGUGGUGGUGAUAAUUUCUUGAUCCAUCAUCAUGGUGGUCCCACUUUGCGGCAAAUAAUUUAGUUAGA